AGGUGCGGCAGCAGCAACGGCACUCGAAGAAGCAGAAGAAGAAACCUGCUGCAAAACACAAGUGGACAACUUCUGAAACAUGGCUGGACUGGCACCUUUCUUGGUCUUUUCUGCCUUCAUUUUGGGUGCAACACAACAGACCCUGAACACUCUGGAUACUUCUUUCUGUCAUGGUGGACUAGAAGUGAUCUAUCCAGAACUGGACAUCGACAAAUGUCUCAUAAUUCCAAAAGACCAGAAAUUCAGAGAGAAAGUCAGCACAAUUUGGAAAGCCCCACAGAUUUACUUCUCCAGAGCAAAGCAGAAAAAAAUGUACGUCCUGGCGAUGGUUGAUCCGGAUGCUCCGAGACGCACCCAACCAACAUCUGCUUACUGGAGACACUGGUUGGUCGUGAACAUACAGGGCGAAGCGCUCAAGAAAGGACAGAUACAAGGGACAACCCUCACUGAUUACUACCCACCGACCCCGCCGCAGAAGUCUGGCUUGCACCGCUACCAGUUCAUGUUGUUUGAGCAGCCUGCAGACGCACCAGUGUCACUCACCGAGCAGGAGAAGUCGUCCCGCGGUAAAUGGGAUUUUCAGGCCUUCGUCGAAAGAUUUGAUCUGGGGGAGCCUGUGGCCACUGUGCAGUUUCUCACCCAAAACUACAAAGACUGAAAGAUGCUCAAAUGCUUGAAAUAGAAGAAGAAGAAGAAUGUGUUAGCACAAUAACAUAGAAUAAGAUGUUUCCUCACUUUCCCUGUUUCCCCUGCUUUCUCUGAAUUGAGCAGCAUGAGUUCUUCAAAGCUUGCACACGUCAGCCACUUUUGCCCCUAUCUUAUCGUCGAGUUGGAAAGAGACUUCCUCUUUGUGUUUCACCAGCUGCUUGGUUUUUGAUGUUGCCCCGUAUCUCUCGGUCACGUGGUCUGGAGGGAAGGAUUCCUGUGAUAGAUUCUGACUUUGCUGGGGAUUUCUUAUUAGUUUCCGAACACCGUCGACAAGAGAAGGAAGAUGGCCCGAUAUCACAACCCAGUGUGGAAAGAGUUGAUUCUAAUUCAGGGGCGGAAACACGUCAGGGCCAAAAAAAGGAAGUGGGAGGUGAAACCGAGACCGCAACACUGCCGGAUGCCGCAGUGGAACUUGAACCAAAAUACUCUACAGAGUGACAGGACAGGGGGAGGGGCUGCAGGGCCUGUCAUGUACUGAGGAAGGGAACUUGCUGUUUGUGUAAUUGUUUAUCAUAUUUCCAUUGACCACUCUUACCACAACUGGAAACAAUGAGUUACUUUCAGGUCCUUGAUUGAUUUUUCGGAAGUAAAGAAAGAAAAAAAAAAAAAGAACUACUACAUCUGAAUGUGUCCUUGAGUGUAACUUUGGGGCGAUGAACCCAUUUUGAACUUGCAGAAGCGCCUCACCUGGCAGGUCUGUAGAGGAUGGUGCGGAUAAACUUUUCAACCCUUUCACAAUGAGAUACUUUUCCGACUUCACGGGUCUUUGUAGAGGGUGGGUCAGAGUACCCCCCAUGAGGAAUAUCGGUUUCUAACCAGCAACUCUCCUCUGGGAGUGGUUUGUAUCAAUACCCCAGAUGUCUGAAAAAGGCUGGAUUUACAUGAAUGACUUUGAUGUUCUGAUGAUCAAUCUUUAGUUGGUGGUUUCAUUGACCCUAAUUUGGUGUUUCAUCAGUGGGCAAGGCAGGAGUAGGUAAUGGAGGUUUUUGUUCCUUUGGUGGUUAAGCCAGCCUUGGUAAACCCCUAUGUGCCCUCCCCGUGAACUCUGGGAGAUCAUUGAUCAAAUUGUCCUGCGUUUGCUUUGUUUGCCUCCCCGACUUAGCAGUCAAAGCAGCCGCGUCCACAAACAAAACAACCAAAACAAUGCACAUAAGCACACAGUUAGUCAGAGGAUCCAUUGCUUUUGAACAAAUGUUAAGUAUCCGUCAGUUGAAAUAUUGCUCUUGACCCUGAUUUACCCAUCUUAUUUGACUUAUGAAAUCACAUUUUUAACAAUUGGCAAGUGGAGUAUAAUUCCACACUCAUUGUGGAGCAUGCCAAGUGGGAGAGCAUUCUUCCAAAAAACCACCUACUUGAAUCCAUCAGUACACCAUUGAAAUGCCAAGAUUUGUACUUCCAAAUACACUGUGCAUUUUUUUUUUCUCUUCUUUAUAUCUUGGAGAUAUCCUGCCAAAACAGCUGGAUUUUGCCACUCAGCUUCCUUGAAUGUGUUUAUUUUUACUCCAAAUGUCAGGAGAGUUGAAAUAUUAUGAUUAAGAAAAACUGACAGCUGUAGUUCAACGCCGUGCGGUAGAUUUGCCUUCACUGAAAAUAUAGCUUGUCGCAUCCCCUGAUGCUAUGGGAAAGGCAUUUAUUAUUUUCGUAAUUUAUUCAAACUUACAUUAAUUAAAAGGAAUUUGUAUAAUCAAUUCAAUUGCCUAACCGGCACUAAGUGAUCUAAUAUGCAUGAUGACUCGAGUCCCCAUUGUUCUUUUCUCCUUGCUGCUGAAGAAGAGCAGGAGAUUUAUUUCACUGGAGAAUUUCUGCGGCUCCUCACUUUGCUGUGAGCAGUGGCAAAAAAAAUGAAUUUGAGUGUGACAUCUGUUCAAUGCAUGUCAACAAUAUGGCCUGCUGACCACCGUGCACAUUUAUUUACUGUGCUUUUGACCUCGACAGACUGGUAUUGUCCUGCAGAUCCGACUGCGGAGAUUCAACGUAUCUCAGUCCACCUGGAGAUUUGAGUUCUGCCUCUGAAUAAAAUUCACAUGAAUAUCUACGUUUUUAGGCACUGUUGAAGACAUGUCUACAUUCACUGACAAGGAGUGCAGAAUUUUAAAAUGCACCUUUUGACCUCUAAAGAUUUUUGCUAAUGUAUCUGUGCUGGCUUUGUUUCUUAAAUGCAUGUUUUUAUUCCUCCUAAUAACUGUGGAAAAAAAAAAUAAAAAAUGAAACUACAUACA